CAAACUUCUUGCCGUUAUAGUCUCCUACUGCCUCUCAUUGCAUUCGCCAAUCAUUCAACGAGCCUCCCGCUGAGGCUUUUCGGGCUUGUCUUCCCCUCGCUCAUCCCGUCAGCGUCUCAGCCAAAGGGCUUCUCGUGCAGCGACAAGUCCUGUGCCCCAGUGCGCACCUUUCAGGACAAUCUGUACCACCCUCUGCCCGGCAACGCACUGUGCGCAGCUCGCGGUGCCCAAUCAAAAGCCACCAGCAGACUCUCUUUAUGGAAGCUGUCCAUCCGCUUCGUUGUGAUUGUUAGAGGUACUGAUAUCGGUCUUCUCGGAGCAGAGAGAAGCAAAACCUUUUGCAUGGCUUGCUACGCUAGUCUACCACUGGAAGGAGCUGCGCAUCGGUAAGGGCUGCUCGUCAUGGCCGGAUGGCCUGAUCGAGGCUUGGCAAGCACGAGCACAUACAGCCGGCGAAGCAGAGAAGAGCCGUCUUCGCGCGAUCGCGCGCGAAGUGAGCGGCACAAGAGCACAGCAUCCCUUGCUUCAAGGCUCGAACAUAGCGACGCAUCCCGAUCCAGACAUCGUGAGGACGAUGGUCGUGAUGCAGCUUGGCGAAACGCUUUUGAUGGCCCCGCUCCUGUAGACAGGGCUGGCAGCAGAUCAUCCCGUCCAGAGCCACGCUCCACUGAAGCGGGACCCAGCCGCCUGCGACGCUCUGCUGCAGACAGUCCCGAGGAUGGCGCUAUCACUGACAAUUCUGCCGAUGAUCAAGGCGGCCGUCGACCGAAUGGCAGGCGCCGCGCACAUUCUCCCCUAGAUAGGUCAUAUCAUCGUCGCCAGCGCGACCUUUCAAGAGAAAGAGUGAAUGGCGGGCGAAGUCGCGACGAGUCCAGGCUGAGCCGUCACGACGAAAGAGCUGGGGCGGAACGAUCACAUCGUGACAGAAGGAUAUCCAGAGAUCUUUCCAGAGAUGCGCGACCUCGCAGCCCAUUUGAUGAUCGAGCACGACAUUCGUCUGGCAGGAGCAGCCAUCAUCGCCAUCGCUCACGCAGUCGAGAGCGAGCGUCUUCACCCUCGCCAAGCGACGCCGAUCGAGUUACAGGGCGAGCACAUCCCUCCAACAGCAUGCGGCAGUCACGAGCAAAGCUCGAAGGCUCCCGGUAUCCUGCUGAGUCCAACGCUCAGGGAUACAGCAGCGAUAGCCGACCAAGUUCGCACCACACGCGCUUGUCUGAACAUGAGUCUCGCGAGCCUGUAGAAGUGAGGGCUCGCUCCUCGCUUGAUACCCGCGAAGCAAAUGACAAGACAUCGGGCAUACACAGGCAAAGAGAAGAGUCCCCCUGCGAAAACGCCCAACAAAGAAGUCCUGAUGGCGCUCCACUAGAGUCAUGUAUACGACCUCUGCUCCGAGCCGAGACCACUUUUGAAAGAGGGAAUACCCGCAGCAAUAAGGACGAGCCAAAGGAGCCAAAGAGCUCGGGGAACGCAGUGGCUGUGAAGACUGGCCUUGGCAGUAGCGCAGCUCGCGGAGUGGAGCGAAGGGCCCCACAGUCUACAGAAAUCGAUGCCCUGCAUGAGCGGUACACCUCUCAGCCAAGUGGGUCCGGCACGCAGGUACAGAGUAGCCCUACAAACGGGGCUAUCGCAGGCUCUGCCGGCACUCCUCGAGGCUUUCGGCCAGUAGCGAGCAACAUGCUCAAAAGAAGUUCUGCGGCAUACUCGGAACCUUCUGCUCCCGAGCCGAGCACCAAGACCUCCGAACAAACUCCUUCUAUUCCGCUAGGCCCAAAAGCUUGGCGACCACCUACCGGGCCUGCGGCGAUGAGACAAGCAUCAAGAGAUCUUGCUCCACCACCACGCUCCAACUCGGAUCGGCCAAUGACUGCCGAAAGUCGUCUUGCUAGUACAGGCAGCACAGCCACACCCGUUGCGAGCGAAUCAGCUCUUAAUGGCACAUCCCAAAGCCCAGCGCCUCCGCCGGCGUCUCCGCCCCCACCUCCACCUAUCGAGCCGAGCGACCCUGAACCUCCCAAAAGCCCAAGCCUUCCACCUCCGCCUCCGCAGCUUUCUUUUGGGCAUGUCCCUGUUCCGACAGAGCUCCUGCGUGAGCGUGCAGAAUCAGGCUCAACGACUUCUGCCAAAGAUCUGCGCGGCUUUCGCUGCAUAUACGAUCCUGCAUUGGACAAGAGCAAGUCGAAGGGAGAUCAGAUCUUGAGGAGGUACGAAGAGGAGCUGGAUCAGGCCAAGCCGAGUGUGGAUCCGCGGUACAGAGCACCGCCGCCCCGAGGUGGCCGUGGUCUGGCUCGGAGCUUUGUGCGCCACACUACAUGGGAGUGGGAUGCUAAUUCUGUCGGGAAACGUCCAGCGCCUCCAGCAAGAGCACUCUUCGUGAGCGACCGCUACUUCAGAGCCUUUGGACGAAUCGAGACAUCAGAGCUCAAGCUUGACCCGCGAAAUGGGCAGAGCUUGGGAAUGUACUGGGUCAAAUACGCCCAUGACUUUGACGACGAAGGUGCCUCGUCUCCUACGCAAACGCUCCUGCGGAGCACCGGCAAGCAGCAAAGGGGUAGCGAGGUUGCGCGGGAAGCCUUGCAACGUAGCAAUGGACAGAAAUUGAUGCAGGAUACCUUAGCGGUGGUGCUCGAUGGAGAGAGAACCAAGUACGUCACGGCAUAUCGCACAGAGCUUGGAAAGCGAUAUCUGCCAAAGCCAAAGCAGCCAGCAGCUGCAAGUACUGGUGCUCAAAUUUCAUCGGGGAAGGCACUCGCUGCGAGCAAUGGAGCCUUGAGUGCAACAGCACAGACAGCUUCGCCGAUGGCCCCGCCGACUGGCCCAAAAAGCGAUCGCAUGCAGCAGCAGCAUCAACGCUCAAGCUCUGGACCAAUGCACGUUCCUACAGGACCCCGGUCCCAGACGGGGGCAAGGGGUCUCUCGUCCCCUUACGUCAAUGGCUCCGUCGUCAAGCCGGGUACUCCGUCACAUGCGUCGGGCUCUCCACAACUGGAUGUGCUCCACACCCCUCGUACGAUCCCGCCUACGCCUACAGAGACGGGCCGCGACGACGACGACAUGGACACCGACUCUGAUGAUGAGGACGAGUUCGCAGCGAAUGGCGCAGCGCGGACAGCUGCGGUGUACUACGGUUCCACGCGCGGGCGCCUCGCGAAAGGCGCAAGUCGCUUGUCCAGGUUUGGCCGGAGUGGCAACGAUGGCGCACCGGCUGCUCCGACCGCACCACGCGCAGAGCGAGAGGAGACAAUGUCGUCUCGAGCGAUUCAAGACCGGCUCGCUUCCAUCGGAAACCCGUACGUAUUUGUGCCUCGCAUUCAAGGCUGCAACGCACGACUCGUCAAAGAGCAAUUUGCGGGCUUCGUUCCCCAAGAAGUACUAGCGGACGAGAGCGGGUGGCACGUUGCCUUUGGGAAUCGCGACGCUGCAGGUCGAGCCAAGAUGGUGCUAGAUCGUACCACACUACCGGGUUUGAACGUGCAGAUUUCAGUAGAGAUCCGAAUGCCUUUCAUCGCCCCAAGCCGUCCGGUCGCGUGGGCGCCGCGUGCUGCCGAUGUCAGCGACGUCCUUCUCUGGGGCUCCAAGAAGGCCCAUGGGCGUGAUAUCUCGUUCGAUUCGAUGCCGUCAUCAUCGCCAAGAAGCAACCACUUCGAUGGCCCAUCCGGCCGCUUUGGAUACAACAGGAAGCGCGAGCUAGGCUUUGCGUCUCACCUCAGAUCCGAUCCAAUCCAAGACCCCCAGUCACGCUGGGUUGGCGAUGAUGACUCCGACGUGCGAUUUGAGCCGAUCAAGCCUGUCCGUCCAAUGUCACCCGAGCCCAAGAAGGUCAGGCGACGAGCUAGCGCGCGGGAAGGCAGCGUUGAAAGCGUUCCCCCAACACCAGCUGGCAAAGUUGCCCCGUCCAGUGCUAACGAGCUAGAUCACAAGCGACAGCACGCAGAAGUCGCAAGCCAGCUGCACGAUCCUGAGGAAUCUCGCGAGGUGAAACGCAGUAGGCUGUCAGCGGAUGCCAAGGCAGACACGGCAACGCCGAAAGUAGAAGACGUACAGCCAAGUGUCUCGCAUCUCAGUGGCGCAGCUAAAGCCACUUCUGAACAAAUUGGUGAUGCGCCGCUUGCAGUGCCGGUCCAAGAAGUCAAGGCUAGGCAAAGCAAGAAGGCCAGGAUCGCUGAGACCGUUGUGGAAGAAGUGGUGGUGGAAGAGGUAUUUGCUGUUCCAGACCAGGUCGCCGAGCGGCAGAUCGCCCCGAAUAAGAAACUCAAGACGGUCAAAGCCCUACGAGCUCGCAGCCCUACGCCUGAUCCAUUCACACUGGGGUUUGCAGACAACGAAGAAGAUCUGUACUAUGCAAAGCUCGCGUUGGAACGCAUGGCAGCAGGCGAAUCUGUUGCACCUGCUGGGGUACCAGAAUUCGACAUGGAUGAAGAUGACAACAUCGAGGAGCCCCAUAUCUCUGGAUCAGCCCGCACAGAGGGCUUCUACAAGAUUCCUCAGGCGGACAAGGCUGCACAUCAGCCGGACAGAAAUCGCGCGGUCGUUGAUACAAGUGCACCCGUUGGCUUGGCAUCCGCGCGCGACAAUCGUGCAGACUCUCGCCGCUUCGUGCAAGGUAUCGAGCAGCACAAGAAGGACACUGCUACCGACACCGACAUCUUGAAGUUCAACCAAUUGCGUACGCGCAAAAAGCAACUCAAAUUCGCCAAGUCUCCGAUUCACGAUUGGGGCCUCUACGCGAUGGAGCACAUUCCAGCCGGUGACAUGGUCAUCGAGUAUGUCGGAGAAGUCAUUCGACAGCAGGUGGCAGACGAGCGCGAGAAGGCGUAUGAGCGAGCGGGCAAUUUCAGCACGUACCUAUUCAGAGUGGACGACGAUCUGGUCGUCGACGCCACGCGCAAAGGCAACAUCGCUCGGUUGAUGAAUCAUUGCUGCACGCCCAACUGCAAUGCGAAAAUCCUCACGCUCAAUGGAGAGAAGCGGAUCGUGCUGUAUGCACGUACCGCUAUCCUGCCAGGUCAAGAGCUCACGUACGACUACAAAUUCCAAUCUGGAGGGGAUGAAGCCGACGCGAUACCCUGUCUUUGCGGCUCGUCUGGCUGCAGGCGCUUCUUGUGA